AUGCCCAGCCUUCUUCAGAGCAUCCUCGCGGUCGACACCGACGGCGACUGGGUCCGCGACGACGUCUUCGUCGUCCUCGUGAACGCGAAAUUGACAGACGCUGGCGAGAAGGCCGUCAAGAUCAAAGACGUCGCCGCCGUCUUCAGCGCGGACGACACCAUCAUCAUGGGCGGGAGCGUCGCCAAGCAGAGCUUCUUCCAUCCCGCGGGAGCCAACACCGUGCGCCACUCCUACUGCGUGAACGUCCACCGGCCGGAGCAGCGCCGGCGGGGAGGCAUCGCGUGCAUCUGCGACGCGGCGCCGUCGAGCAGCCCCCACGAGCACUGCACCAAGUGCCCCGCGUGGGGCUUCCCGCCGGGCCCGCGCUGGGCCAACCUCGAGGGCACGGGGCGCUGGAAGCCGGAGAAGAAGUCGGAGUCGAGCUCGAAGGACCAGAUGGACCAGAGCACGGACGACGCGCCCGACGAGGACACGGCCCCCGCGCCGCCCCAGCCGCCCCAGCCCAUCAAGCGGCCCAAGGCCGCGUCGCCGAUGCGGUCCUCCUCCGUGCGCGGCGCGUCGGCGCCCCAGCGCGCCCGGCUCGAGCCGAAGCCGCCCGCGGACGACAGCGUGCUCAAGUCCGUGAUGGCGCAGCGCGACGCCUGGGAGAAGGAGAGCGCGCGGCUCAUGAAGGCGCUGCACGUCGAGCAGCGCAAGAACGAGCGGCUCACGACGGAGAACAGCAAUUUGAUGAAGGACGUCCGCGACUGCGCCGAGGCGAUGGUGCACCGCAUGGACAAGGCUGAGCUCGAGAAGGUCCGCGCGGAGGCCGUGGCGCUGCGGCGCGAGGUCGCGGAGCUCGAGGCGGAGAAGAAGGUCAUGGGCUCGGCCUGCGCCGCGGCGGCGAGCGAGCUCAUGCAGACCUGCGCCGCGGGCGAGUACGAGGCGCGCGGCAAGUUCCAGGACGAGCUCGCGCAGGGCCUGCUCGACAUCGCCAAGACCCACAGCGCCAAGCCCAAGGACGCGAUCGAGACGUUCAUGAACGCGGACCAGGAGCUCGUCAUGCGGGACGCGCCGUCCGAGCUCCAGAAGCUCGCGGAGACGAGCCCGGCGGCGGGCGCGCUCGUCGGCGCGGUGAAGACACUCGUCAUCUCGAAGGCCGCCCGCCUGCAGCUGAAGCGCAUGGCCGCCGCCGCGCGCGACCGGCGCAUGAUCCAGAUGAACUACUCGAAGAAGACGGACGGCAGCUACCGCUACCCGGAAAAAAUUGGCGGCGCCGCGCUCCUAGCGGCGACGAGCUCCAAGGAGUGCUCCAUGGCCCUCAAGACGCUCGUGAUUAUUUCGCUCCUGGUCUCUACGCGAAGCAAAGGGAAGUCCAUCAUGGCGCUCGGCUUCGCGAUUUCCAUGUCCAUGUCUUUUCUGGGCCGUAUUACGAGCUAUGGACUAUCGCUCGCGUCGAUGAUGUGCCUCUCGUCCUCCUACGCGACCGUCUUCAAUUGGAAGAAAAAAUUGGCCGCCGCCGCCGAGGCGACUUAUCUUGCUCGGAUCACGAAGCUUCUCGCCGCGUCGGCGAUGGGAGCUAUCAUCAUCGGCUUCGACAACUACGCCGUGCUCCAAUUUUUAAGGAACCCGGAUGGGUCCGCAUUCACCUCCGUGAUCCCCACCAUCACGAUCCUGCUCUUCCUCGUGCCCUCCCGGCCCGGGUUCGACCUCCGCACGGACGCGCGGCGCCCGCCCGCGUCGACGCCGGCGAACGGCGCCUCCUUCGUCCCCCGCGUCUCCAUCUUCCUCGAGGCCAAUAAGGCCGCCAUCUUGCCCAAGGGCCCCACCAUGGCCGUGGACGUCUCCGGCAUCGCCGAGUUCGGGAAGGACACGUUCCCCGUCGGCGACGACGGCUCCGGCUGCGGCCGCCUGCGCGACUUCAAGGUCCUGAAGUCGCUGCUCGAGAAGUCCUCCUCCUUCCGCGGUUUCCUUUACACCAUCGUCGCCGCGAUCACGGUGCUCUUCCUCAACCUCGGCGUCCCCCAGCUCGACCGCCUCGUCCUCGUGGACCCCGAGCCCGCGCUGCUCCACGACCUCGCGACGUGCCUCGUGCCGGACGCCGUCGCGAACAUGGCCGUCCUGUUGUCGCCCUUCCACCUCCAGAAGCACCUGCUCGAGGGCUGGUUUUGCGACCCGCACGACCUGGUCCAGCUCUGGAGCAAGAUCUGCGUCCAGUUGUCGUACAAGAGCGCGGCCAUGGCGUCGGCCAACGCGUCGCGAGGUCGCCAGGCCGACGAGCUCUUCGAGCGGAUGCAGGUCGACGACGAGGAGAGCGACGCCGACAGCGACGGUGCGGCCGCGGCGCCGCGGCCGGAGGACUCCGACGGCGAGGAGGACGCGGCCGCGGAGGACCCCGAGGGCACCUUCGGCGCCGUGCUCGAGGUCGACGGCGAGGCCGUCGACAACGGCGACGAGGAGAUCGUCCUCGCGGCCGUCAUCGCGAAGAAGGGGGCCGAGGCGGCGGCGCCCGAGCCGGCGACGCUCAACACGGGCGGCUCGUCGUCCAAGGCCAAGGCGCUCGUCAAGGCUCGCUACGGUGCGCUUCUCUUCAUCGUCCACUUCCUCUGGGCCGUCUGGCUCGGCGACGACGUGCGCGGCGGCGCCAUGGACGUGGCCGUGUCCUUCUUCCCGGGCGCCGCGGCCGCGACGGCGCGCGGCGAAUCCAAGGACGCGAUCCGCGCGGCCGCGCUGAGCUGGGCCUGCACGACGAGCACGGGGUUCCUGUACCUCUGGAACUUCUUCGACAACGAGCUCCGCUUCUGCGUCGUCCCCUUCCACGACUGGGCGGUCCGCGGCUCCGUGAUCGCCGUGUACCAGCACAUGGCGACCUACUUCUCCAUGCUCAUCUACUACGUCAACGGAGCGAAGUGGAAGCUGGCUCGCAUCCCCCUCUGGCUCAUCAGCAUCAUGGGCCAGGCGCUUUACCGGCGCGCGAGGCGACCCGACAUCCUGCGGGUCGUCGGCCGGACGUCGCUUCACGCGAACGACGUCUUCGUCGAGAACACCAACUCGGUGCUCGCCCGGUACAUCAAGUCGUUCUACAAGAUCGAGUUCCGCCACGUCGAGGAAGCCUCCUUGCUCAUGAACAUCCGCUGGGCCUUCAGCGCGGCGAUCCGCGCGUUGCUCGGAAGCAAGCGCGCGCCGUCGCGUUCCGAGCAGGACUUCAACGCGCGGACCGCGGCGUCGGAGCGGUACAAGGCGCGGCGCGAGCGCUUCGGCUCCUGGCUCCUGGCGCAGUUCCGACGGCAAUUACAGCUCCCCCCUACGGAGCAGUUGAAGCCGCCGAUCCAGAAGGUCCGCAUCGGCUUCGAGAACUCGAAGAUCUUCUUGGAUCGGUUCGCGACGCGCGCGGCGCAGGCCGCGUGGCCGACGGUGAAGAAGUCGGCGACGGCGACCGCCGCAGAGCGCGCCGACGCCGCGCAGCAGCAGGCCGACGAGCAGCGGGCGGCGUUCGCCAACGUCGGCGCGUCGAUGACGCGCACGGCCUUCGACGAGAUGGUCGUCAUGACGAACAAGGUCCCGCUCGUCAAGUUCGCCAAGAAGAUCGGCUUGGACGUGAAGAUCGUGGACAGCUCCACGGGCAAGAAGAAGGACAUGGGCAAGCUCGACCUCCAGCAGCUCCUGCUCACGAAGUUCCGCUCCGUCGUCUUCGUCGAGCCGCCGCGCGAGCCCGACUCGGACGGCGAGGAGGAGCCCAUGCCGCCCGCGUAG